AUGAAACAUGCGCUUCACCUGCAGACUGAAACGAUUGAAGGUCUGCGUGUAGUGACGGCGGAUGUGAACCGCCGGGUCUGUGCCGUGGAACAGCGUUAUGAUCACGGCUGUGCUGGUUUUGUUGAGCCGGAGAGGCGGCUGGACGCAGGGAAAGCUAGCGCUGCGCAUGCUACCAACUCAGCGGCUGUCGGAGAGGCUGACGGCUCGGCGGGGGGGACUGAAACCUCAGAUGACAGACACCGGGAAGAGGCACAGCGAUCGCUGCUCCUAACCGUGGAGACCACUACACCAGCACUUAGCCCUGGGCUAACGAUGCCCUCGCCUGGGUCAUCAAAGUGGAGCCAAGUUGUAAAAAAGGGGCCAAGGAAGCGCACGGAGGAUUCCCAACAGGGAUUACGCACCGGGAAAUCUGUGUUGGGAUAG